GCACCGAGAUGCUCAAUAAAGCGCUGGAGGUAACGAAGGAGUGUAUGGAGCUGCUAGAGAACUAUGUGCGAUCCCCCGCCGAUCAACAGAUACUGUUGGACGUCCUCGAGGACUACUGUGAAUUGAACCCAGCAUUCGUGGAUUCUCUGCAAAAGAUACUCACGGUAGGGGCAGGCGGUGGUAGUGUGCUUAGUCUCUUUACUCGUGAUUGGGAUCCUGGUGGUUUAUUGCAGUAG